CGGCCGCGGGGGCGGCGGGGGACGCCCUUAAAGGGGCCGAAGUCGCCACCGCGGCCCCGCCGCCACCGCUGCUGCUUGCUCGCGCUACUGUUCCGUAGUCUUCUCCCUCCCCAUGCGCCGGGGGGAGGGGCGCGCCGCGUCCAGGACCCAGUACUGAGGAGAAACUGAGGCACGAUAAGGCGGCUAGGGGCCGGGUGCUUCCCCGUGCAUCCUCUGGGUGCUUGGCGUCCAUCUGGCGGCCGCGCCUGGAGCCCGGAGUCCCGGCCGCCCAACCCGGGCCCGGGGCUCACGGGUGGGAAGGCGGCGAUGGCCGGGCCCAUGGCCCGUGGGGGCUGAAGAAUGACCUGCACUGGCGUGGGACUCGGCAAACUCUGCUUCGUGUUGUCUGUGGCCUUGGGAGCCUUUUUGCUGCUGCUACUGCCCCUUCCCCGCCUUCAGGCUCCCUGGGGGGUCUGGGCCCACCUGCCGCCCCAUCCGCCCCCCACCUGCGAGCAGCCGCCUAGCGUCCCGCGGCCCCAGGAGGGGGGCGUGGCCCAGCCCCUACAGGACGUGCUCCAGCAGCUCCUGGGGGCGCCUGCCGCGCACCCCCGGACGCCCGACAGGCUGGAGCCCAGGGACAUCUUCAUCGCGGUGAAGACCACCAAAAAGUAUCACAAGUCUCGGCUGGAGCUGCUCUUCCGCACCUGGAUCUCCCGGGCCCAGCAGCAGACUUUCAUCUUUACAGAUGGUGAAGACCCAGAGUUACGUCUUCGAGCAGGAGAUCAUGUCAUCAACACCAAUUGUUCUGCCAUGCACACACGCCAGGCACUCUGCUGCAAGAUGUCUGUGGAAUAUGACAAGUUCAUUGAGUCAGGAAGGAAAUGGUUCUGCCAUGUGGAUGAUGACAAUUAUGUGAACUCCAAAGGGCUCCUACAGCUGCUCUCUGGUUUCUCCCCAAGUCAGGAUGUCUAUGUGGGGAGACCUAGUCUGGACCAUCCUAUUGAGGCAGCUGACAGAGCCCAGGGAAGUGGAACAGCAUCUACAGUCAAGUUCUGGUUUGCCACAGGAGGAGCUGGGUUCUGCAUCAGCAGAGGUCUUGCCCUCAAAAUGAGUCCUUGGGCCAGCCUGGGUAACUUCAUCAGCACUGCCGAGAAGGUCAGACUCCCUGAUGACUGCACCAUUGGCUAUAUCAUCGAAGGGCUGCUGCAGGUGAAAUUGCUACAUAGUACUCUUUUCCACUCUCACCUGGAGAACUUGCAGAGGCUGCCAGCCGACACUCUGCUCAGACAGAUUACUCUGAGUUACGGGGGCCCGGAGAAUCGGAGGAACGUAGUAAGUGUGGGUGGUGCCUUCAGCCUGCAGCAGGACCCCACGAGGUUUAAAUCCAUCCAUUGCCUUCUCUAUCCUGACACUACUUGGUGUCCCCUGAAGAAGCCACUGUGACCCCAAUCCAGGAAGUGUUUGAUUUUGGAAGCAAACCCAUCCUUGGGCAUGAUCUGAUUUUGUUUAUGGGAAGUAGAGAAGAUGGACUUGAUGGCUUCUGCCAAGGAGAAAUCCUGUGUCUUUAUCAGAUACCAGCAGUACGAUGGAGCCUAUUGAACCCUUUUUCUGCUUCUCUCAUCUUCACAGGCUUCUUCGGUCGUAGCUGAUUUGGAGAAGGCCUGGACCUAAGCAAAAGUUAGCUAGAGGUGCCAAUCAAGGAGUGUGCUCGGCGCUCACCUGGGGCCCUGCAUUGAGCUCUGGAGAGAGCCAGGGAGGGAAAAGAUGGGGUCUCUAUCCUGGAAGAGAUCACAGCCCAUAUUAUCGCACAGAAAAGGAAAGUCAGGUGUGGUCUAUCAGGAUAACAGACCUGUGCACCAGCAGCCCUUUCUUGAUAGAAACAGGGCAAGGCCUCAGUUUACUGAGCUUCUAGUAGUAUGAUGAGCUUUUCAUUCUUGAUUAACCAGAGCCUUUGAUCAGUCACCCUUUGAGGUAGACCUUUGAGCUGCUGGCCCUUCAGGGGCCCCUGAAGACUGGAUGAGCUACAGGCCAUGAUUUAAUUUUUCUUUUAAGGGCAGCCCAGGACCAUUUAGGGUUAUGCUGUCUUUGAAGUAGGUACAGAUUUGGGGAGGGUCUGGUGACAACAAGGGAGCAGCCGUUCUUCUCAAUAGCUACCUCCAAGUCCCCCUCUACUCAAAAGUUACUGGGGGCAUGGAUGAGGACCAGAUAAGACACUUAGCUUUCUGGCUGCCCCACCCUUCCUGGGGCACUGAGGGAAAGCUAAGGAUCCUUGAUCUGCCCUGAGCCGGGGUUUAAAAAUUGGGCUUUUCCCACAAUCUGCUCCUUGUUUUCCAGUUGUCCUUUACCCCUUGAAUCUUCUGAGAACUGGGUGGAAUGGGAAGGAAAGGGUGUAUGGUCAUCCUCCUGUGUGCCCCCAAGCUAAUUCAGCCAGUAUUGAAGAUCAUAGAUCCAUAGCCAGAGAGCCCAUCAACCCAACCAGUUCAUGGUUUUUCAGCCAAAUAAAUAAUAUUUAAAGUUAAUAA